AGGCAACUCUGAACAAGGUGCCACUGAUUAUAUGUUUCCUGAGGAUAUUUUACUUGUUUGCACAUGUAAAACAUCUUUGGUUCAAAUGUGUGCCCUCCUCCUGACCUAGAAAUCAAAUGUUUUGAUAGUCAAUGUUUAGUGAGAAAGCUUCCAAUCGUUCAAUUAAGGUAUUUACGUAUCAGUGCCUGCUUGUUUUGUGCCUUGUUCAGAGCGAGUAUUAGAAAACAUUCCAACUAAAAUCACCUAAAAAAUGCUUUUGCAAAUGUCUGCUUCUGAGGAAUCGUUAAAUUUAUUCGAAACGAUUCUGAGUUGCAGAAAUUUUAGUUUAAAGCUUUUGGACCUCCAGAAGUAUGCUCACCAAGAUGGCGCACAACCUGAACAUAGUAUGUGUGUACCGGUUAGGAUUCAGGUUGUGCGACAUCUUGGUGCGCAUACUUCUGGAGCAUCUGGUGUUUAUAUCAGUUUUAAUAAAUUAUCAGAGAUAGAAGUUGAAUAAUUUAUUAUGUUUAUUUUGCAGAGUGUUUCAUAUGAGGCAAAGGAAUUCACUGAAUAUCUACGUAGGAAUCUCUUCUUCGAUCACACAUCCAUACCCUUGCUAGAGAAAGCAUUCAAAGCAGGAUUGCUCUUCAAGAUUCAGAUAAUUAGAAGCAGCAGAGGAGAGAUAAUAUGGAAUGAUGAAAUUCCUCAUAAGACUAACAAACUUGGAGGUCCAGAUAACAAUGGAUAUCCUGAUGAUGACCAUAGGCGUAAACUUCGUGCAGCAUUGAAGGCGAAAUUAAACGCAGCAGGAAUUGUAUACUAUCAAUAGAUGAUCAACAAUGGACGUUCAACACUAUCCGGACAAUACUAUAUUAAAACUCAUCCAUUGAUUUCGAAGAGUCAUUAUGAAGCCACUUAUAAAUAUUAUAAAGUUCGGUGAACUGCAAUAUCAGUCAGAUUGACUCAUAUAUUUCUAAAGGACAUUUUAUAUAUCUCAAGGAAAUUUUCAAGAUAGAACAACAAACUUUGGGGGUACAGUGAUAAAAAAUAAGUUCCUGUCAUUACCGGAACAGACCCUAAAUUGCCUGAACGGGGUGAAAAAUUCAUCUAAACCUACCGGAACUACCUAUAGCUAUCUUGUAAAAGUUGUGUAGAAAUUGAAAGUCUGUGGAAUUGAAUACUAACAAUACAAAAUUAACAAUGGACGUUGGACUCAUGGACAAUAUAAUAUUAGAACCCCUGCAUUGAUUUUAUAUUGUUAUUAUCAAACAUUCCAUUAUGCGACUUACUUACAAAUUAUAAUGUUUGAUGAACUGCAAUAUGAGUCGAAUUUGACUCAACCUUUCGAUUUUAAAUCAAACUCUAUACUGUUAAUCAACGCUAAUUAGUCAGAAUUUUCAAAACCAAGAGUUUAUUUUUCUCAAUUUUUAUCGCUUUUGAUCUGUUUCAUUGCUUUGUUGUUGAUCAACUCCAUGAUAACCAUGCAUAUAUGUAUAUAUUUAAUUGUGUUUCAUCUACUGUAUGACAAACAUUUAAAUUAGUUCAUCAUUCCACAUCUGGCUAAUUCCAUCCUAAUUACUUAAGUUUUAGUUGCUUUUUUCGGUAU